AUGGCUCCCAAUCUAGACCGCGCUUCCACUCCCACCAGCGGGGCUCCUAGACCCAGCUUGGCCAAAAUCGAUACUUCUUCCCACAUCAACGAUGACUCGAGAAACCCUUCGCCCACGUCGGAAUUUUCCUUUACCUUUUCCAUCUUCGAACGGACAGCCAGCGAUGGCGAGCGCACGCCCACCGGCCUCACCCGGAUCGACGUCAUCUCCAACCACUCCCGCGGCGAAUCCUUCAGCAUCUCCUCUCCAACCUCGGACUUCUCGUUCCGCUUCUCCAGCAUGGACCCGCCGCCGGCGCCGCAGCGGCGACGCGAGACGGUGACGUCGUCGACGCGUCGGCACAAGCGGCGCGCCACCGGCCUCACCAGCAUCAGCACCACGUCGUCGGCAGCGGCGGCAAUGGACCCGUUCGGCAGCAGCAGCGGCAGCAGCCGCACGACGGCGGCCAACAGCCGGGUGGCGUCGCCGUCGCGGUCGUCGUCCAUCUUCUCGUACCGCGUCUUCACGCCGGCGCAGGCCGAGUUCUUCCCGCUGCGCCGCAUGAGCAGCGUCGUGUCGCCGGGCAGCCUGCUGGAGCGGCUGCCGGCGGAGCUGCACCUGGAGCUGGUCGGCCACCUGGGCGCGUGCGAGGCCCGCACGCUGCGCCUCGUGUCCAAGUACUGGCGCGCCGUCGUGUCGCAGUGGUACAAGCGCGACGCGCUGUCGGUCCGCCUGCCGCUCGACGUGCAGCUGCGCAUCGGCGGCUACCUCGACGUCGAGAGCCUCAUCGCCAUGCGCGCCACGUCGCGGUACUGGCGGGAGGUCGUCAAGAAGCACGGCAAGGACCCGGCCGUCGUGCAUUCGACCCGGAGCGCGCUGCUGUGCACGUAUGACGAGUGUCUCGGGAGGGGCACCAGCAUGUAUUGGCGGCUGUGGAUUCGCAUCCUGAGGACCAUCCAGAGGGAGAAUGCGUGGGUGUGA